CUCUCUCACUACCUCUCAGUCACGACCAAAGUUACAUUAACUUUCACCACUCCACCUCUACCAACACUUAAUCUUACCCCAACCACCACCACAUCUUCAAAAUGGGUUUCGAGAAGGGCGAUGCUAAGAAGGGUGCCAACCUCUUCAAGACCCGUUGCGCUCAGUGCCACACCCUGAAGGAGGGUGAGGGCAACAAGAUCGGCCCCAACCUUCACGGUCUCUUCGGCCGCAAGUCCGGUCAGGUUGAGGGUUUCUCAUACACCGACGCCAACAAGCAGAAGGGUGUCGAGUGGGGCAACGAGACUCUCUUCGAGUACCUCGAGAACCCCAAGAAGUACAUUCCCGGAACCAAGAUGGCUUUCGGUGGUCUCAAGAAGCCCAAGGACCGCAACGACUUGAUCACCUUCCUCCAGGACGAGACCAAAUAAGCGUAUCACCUCUCGAACGUUUAUACCAUCCUAUCGACACGCCAUGACCUUUCUAUAAUACCUUUUCGACCCAAAAACUGUUUGGAUUGUACCAUCAUCGAUGAUAGACGAACGACGGAGGCGGUGAGCGCAGUUAGACCGCAAUACCCCUUCAUGUAGAUUAUGUUAGGUGUAUCAUUUCAAGGCGCUUUUCGACUUUGGUGCGGCAUAGAGCCUGUUUGGACUUAGUGGCACUUUCGGAAUACCAAAUCUCCUCUACCGAUCAUCCAAUACGCUCAU